AUGGAUGCCUAUAAGAUGCCUCUGGAUACUCUCUCUCUGGUGGUUUAUGUCAUGACCAUGUUUUUAGGAUUGCCGUCCAACCUUCUGGUGCUUUACAUUUUCUUCAAGAAGGCUCGAAACAGAUUGACCCCGAACCACAUCUACAUGAUCAACUUAUGUGUCUCUGACCUUGUGUUCAUCGUGUUCCUGCCAAUAAAAAUAAUCGAGACUUUUCUUCAUAGCUGGACUCUUCCUGGAAUCCUCUGUCCUCUGUUCAACUUCGUCCACUUCAGCACCAUAUACGCGAGCAUUUGCUUCCUCACUGCCGUGAGCGUCGGAAGAUACUUGAGUGUCGCUUUUCCAAUCAAGUACAAAAUUUACAAGAAGCCCAGGUAUUCGUUCCUCAUCUGCAUCUGUCUCUGGGCCAUUGUGUUUGCCCAUGUGUCCUUUGUAUUUCUCUUGGAGACUUCUCAAAACGGCUUUCUUCAAUUGUUCCUCUCCAAAAUUGAUGACGACAAGGUGGUCUGCUAUGAAAACUUUACAGAGACACAGUUGAAGAUGAUAGUACCGGCAAGACUGGAGCUUUCCAUUGUCCUAUUCUUCUUUCCUUUGGCCAUCACCAUUUUUUGCUACACCCGUUGUAUCCAAAUCCUUAUGAGAAGUUGUAUGCAUGCAAAGCAUAAGAAGAGAGCCAUACGGGUCGCAGUGACCACCUUGACCGUAUUCGUUGUUUGUUUUACUCCCUACAAUAUAUCUCACGUUGUUGGGUUCGUAGAGCAAAGCAGCGUGUCAUGGCGCAAGGUGGCUCUCCUGCCGGGUACUUGUAAUGCCUUCUUGGAUCCUCUUGUCUUCUACUUCUUGUCUACGUCUGUGGAUAAGGGCUUUUACCAAGCCUGGAAGUCAUUGCAGCAGAGAUACAGCAUAUCCAAGAGGAAACUCUCCACUGUGUUCAUGAAGGAACAUCCAGAACAUCCAAAAGCGGAGACUAUAAAGACCAUAUCGGCCGCUGUAACUAGAACGAGUAUGCAGCACAUAGCAACCACAAGAAAUGUUCAAAGACAAGUAAACAUAUAA